CUGUAAGACACACGAGAGGUCCUGCGGUGGAAUUCAGGCCCCCCAAACUUCUCUCCAGGGCAGACUGUGGUUCUUUCUCCCGGACUUAUCGACAUUUUCCCAUCCCCAUGAGCAUCCCCGACGCAUCGAAACCCAAGCGGAUUAGCGUCCUCGCCUCCAACUUCUCCGGGAUGGCCCUGCGAGGGUCCAGGUCGGGGUUCUACCGGCAGGACGUCAACAGAACCGUGUGGGAGGUCCCGGAAAGGUACCGGGACUUGAGGCAGGUUGGGACAGGAGCCUACGGGACCGUAUGUUCAGCGUGGGACCGGCGGACCAGUUCGCAAGUGGCCAUCAAGAAGCUCCACCGGCCCUUCCAGUCCAAACUUUUCGCCAAGCGGGCCUACAGAGAACUCCGACUCCUCAAACACAUGAAGCACGAAAACGUGAUCGGCCUCCUCGACGUUUUCACGGCGGAAAUCACCCUGGAUCGCCUCCGAGACUUCUACCUGGUCAUGCCCUACAUGGGCACCGACCUGGGCAAACUCAUGAAGAUGGAGAGGCUGUCGGGGGACCGCGUUCAGUUCCUCGUUUACCAGAUGAUGAAGGGACUCAAGUACAUCCACUCUGCGGGGAUCAUCCACAGGGAUCUAAAACCAGGAAAUCUCGCCAUCAACCCGGAUUGUGAAUUAAAGAUCCUCGACUUUGGCUUGGCGAGGCAGGCCGACGCCGAGAUGACGGGUUACGUGGUGACCCGCUGGUACAGAGCCCCAGAAGUCAUUCUCAACUGGAUGCGUUACACGCAAACAGUGGAUAUCUGGUCUGCUGGUUGUAUUAUGGCGGAGAUGCUGCUGGGGAAGCCGUUGUUCAAGGGCAAUGAUCACUUGGACCAGCUCCGAGAAAUCAUGAAGAUCACCGGAACGCCGGCUGCCGACUUCGUGGUGAAGCUCCAAAGCCAAGAUGCCAAAAACUACCUGAGGGGUUUGUCGAAAGUCCCCAAAACGGACCUGCACUCCAUUUUCUCCAAAGCGAGCUCACACGCCGUGUGCGCGUUGGAGAAGAUGCUCCUCCUGGACCCGGACGAGCGGGCCAGCGCUUCGGAGGCCCUGGGCUUUCCCUUCUUCGCCGACUUCCGCGACGUUGAGGAGGAGACCGAGGCGCAGCCGUACGACCAGAGCGCGGACAACGCGGACCUGACGCUCGACCAGUGGAAACGACACACCGUCACGGAGAUCCUGACCUUCAGGCCUCUAAAAGACUCCGCAGAAACGUCACUUUGACAUCCGCUUCAAAGCGAGAUCCACCUAAUUUUCAUCGCGGGCCACAUUGUAGUUCCGGUUUCCGUCAGAGAGCCGUUAUGAUUGAAACCAUGAAAAUCUUUAAUUGACCCAUCAUAUUUACACAUUAAAUUUACCAACUAGAUUUGGAAUCAGAAAUCAAGAAAUUGUCAAUGUCUGGUAACACAAAAAUGCUUGCAAUAUCACAACGUCAUCAUUUAUGAUAUGACAGUUUGAAAUUUUGGUUCAAAUUUGAACCAAAAAAAAAUCACGGAAGAUUUGCCUUCGCGGGCCACACAAAAUCAUGCGGUGGGCUGCUUCUGGCCCCCGGGCCUUGAUUUUGACACCUGCGGUUUAGUCAAAACCAGUGGUCCCGCUCAAAUUUGCACCUACGGACAAUUAUGUCUGCAGAAAAAGCAGACGUUCUUGCUCUUGGAAUGGAAAUGUAUGAACCCGGUCAUUUUGAAUCCAAUCUGUAAGGGGA